GCCUCCUUCAAUUUGGUGUAGACUGAAUAUUCACGAAACCCUAGUUUAGGGUUUAUAAGAGCUUAAAACCCUUUUCAAGAUAAAAAUCCAAAACAAAGGUUUUUGUAUUGAGCCAAAAACCCUAAAACUAUUCGUUACUUGUUUGAUUUGUUCGUAGCUUUUCUUUCCCCCGCACGCCGCAAUACCAGUCUCAACACAAGGUUAAGUUAAGGCGAUAAAAUGCUUGUGCUGUUUGAAACGCCCGCUGGGUUUGCAAUUUUCAAAGUUCUUGAUGAAGGAAAGCUUUCAAAAGUUGAGGACUUAUCCAAUGAGUUUGCCACUGCAGAUGCUGCUAGAAAGGUGGUCAAAUUGAAAGCAUUUUCCAAGUUUGAGAAUACUUCGGAAGCUCUAGAGGCAGCUACUUUGCUGAUUGAUGGAAAAGCUAGCAAGGGUUUACGCAAGUUUCUUCGUGCUCAUUGUGAUAAUGAAACAUUGGGUGUUGCUGAUUCCAAACUUGGGAAUAUCAUUAAGGAGAAAUUGAAAAUUGACUGUGUUCACAACAAUGCUGUUAUGGAGUUGAUGCGAGGUGUUAGAUAUCAAUUGAAUGAACUCAUAUCAGGUCUUGCUGUACAAGACAUGGCUCCAAUGAGCUUGGGUUUGUCUCAUAGCUUAUCCAGAUACAAGCUGAAGUUCAGUGCCGAGAAGGUUGAUACCAUGAUCGUCCAGGCUAUUGGUUUACUAGAUGAUCUUGAUAAAGAGCUGAACACUUAUGCUAUGAGGGUUCGUGAGUGGUAUGGUUGGCAUUUCCCAGAACUUACCAAAAUCAUACAAGACAAUAUCCAAUAUGCAAAAGCUGUUAAGUUGAUGGGUGACCGCACUAAUGCUGCAAAGCUUGAUUUCUCUGAGAUUCUGGCAGAUGAAGUUGAGGCAGAAUUGAAAGAAGCAUGUGUGAUAUCUAUGGGAACUGAAAUUGGUGAGCUUGACUUGGCAAAUAUUAGAGAGCUCUGUGAUCAGGUGUUGUCCCUUUCUGAGUACAGGGCUCAACUUUAUGAUUAUCUCAAGAGUAGGAUGAACACCAUUGCACCCAAUUUGACUGCUAUGGUUGGAGAGCUUGUUGGUGCUCGUCUCAUUGCUCAUGGGGGUAGCUUAAUAAAUCUUGCAAAGCAGCCAGGUAGUACUGUGCAGAUUCUUGGUGCUGAGAAGGCUCUCUUUAGGGCACUGAAGACUAAGCAUGCUACUCCAAAGUAUGGUCUCAUAUACCAUGCAUCCUUGAUUGGUCAGGCUGCUCCAAAGUUCAAAGGGAAAAUUUCUCGGUCACUUGCUGCGAAGACUGCUUUGGCUAUCAGGUGUGAUGCACUGGGAGAUGGGCAAGAUAACACCAUGGGACUGGAGAACAGAGCCAAGCUUGAAGCACGAUUAAGGGCACUAGAAGGCAAAGAACUAGGUCGCUUUGCCGGUUCCGCUAAAGGGAAGCCUAAGAUAGAAGCAUAUGACAAGGAUCUUAAGAAAGGAGCUGGCGCACUGAUUACUCAAGCAAAGACAUAUAAUACUGCAGCUGAUUCAGUUAUUGACGUCAAAUCUAAAACUGCAAUGGAAGAAGAUAUACAAGAACCUGUCACUGAGAAAAAGAAGGAGAAGAAGGAAAAGAAAGAAAAGAAGAAAAAGGAGAAAAAUGAAGAGGAGGAUGCAACUUUGCCAGCUGUUGAGGAACCAGAGCCAGAAGUUGUGAAAAAGGAAAAGAAAAAGAAAAGGAAAGAAUCUACUGAGGAUGCAGAGUUGCAAAAUGGAGACAGUAAUUUGAAUGGAGAAAAGAAGAAAAAGAGGAAGAAGUGUGAAGAACAAGAAGACUCUGCUGAAAAGCCAAGCAAAAAGAAAGAAAAAAAGAAGAAAAGAACCGACUAGAGUGGAAUAUACGAUUUUGUCAUCAGCUAAUCAAAUUUGGUGGGUAACCAUUUUUGUACACUUUUGGAUCUCAGUAGUUGUUAUGGUGUUAUAUCUGCGUUUCAUUUUAAUUAAUGCAAUUUGUAGGUCUAUGAAAUAUUAUUCAAUUAAUCAGAUAAGUUGUGUUUCUGGACUUGAGUGGAUAAUUUGAUGCAAUUAAGUUUGUGAAUGGUAAUAGGUUUUGCUAUA